AUGUCCCACGACUCGCCACAGACCGUCGCCGCGCCGCUGCACGAGGCGUCGUCGCGCCGGCCAUCGAAGCUCGUCUCCACACUGCCGAACGUUCUUCUUCCAUCGCCGGCGCUCGAGGCGCUCCUCGGCGACCGCGAGGACGACGACACGCCUCUCACGCCGCAGCAACUCGUGCAGCUGCUCGUCGACGCGGGGCACUUGACGCGCCAAAACGUCGCCAAGGAGCGCUGGCGCACGCUGCUCCAGCCCGCGCUGCGGAUGGCGCUGCCGGCCGACGACCCUUGGCACAGCAUGGACGUGCACUCCCUCGCCACCGAGCUCGCCAAGCGCUGGGACUACAACUCGAGUACGCGUAAGUGGGAGCUGUCCGAGGUGAUGGUCAAGUUGGAGAGGGAGCCCUUCGCCGAGGGCGCCAUGCGGGAGUGCUACCGCAUGAAGAAGAUGUCGCAGGUGCUGUGCUGCAUGCGCACCGGCGUGCCGUCGGAUGGCGUGAUGUGUCGGCCGCCUUCGCCGCAGGUGUCGCCGUCCUUCUUCUACCGCAUGGACUGGGCCGCGUGCAACAACUACGUCGCCAAGCG